UUUCAUCAAUACAGGGACCAUGAAGUGUUCAAUAUUUAUUCUAUUAGUGUCAGCGCUUUACGUAUCAGCCGUUCGAAUACUGGGCUAUAUGCAAGGUCCAUCGCCGCCGCGCAUGAUAAAACAACCACCGACAGAUGAAUUACUAUUUCAAGUAGCGCAGCAAAAUGAAAAUGAAAAGCCGUUUGUUAUUGAGUGUGAAGCCGAAGGAGAUCCAGCACCAACCUAUCAAUGGAUAAAAAAUGGUAAAUUCUUUAACUAUGCGGCGUAUGAUGACCGUAUGUCAACCCAACCUGGUCGAGGUAGUCUUGUGAUUGCUAAACCGCGAGACGAAGAUGUGGGACAGUACCAAUGUUUUGCAGUAAAUGAGUGGGGAACAGCGACGUCCAACUCGGUAUUCGUAAGGAAAGCAGAGUUGAAUGGGUUUCAAGAGACUGAAAUAAAAACAGUGACUGCUAAUGAGGGUGAUCCAUUUCAUCUGACUUGUUCUUCACCUGACGGUUGGCCAAAGCCAAAUGUUUAUUGGCUACUUCAAGACUAUCAGGGUAACAUUAAGUCUAUUAAUAAUUCCCGUAUGACCCUUGACCCGGAAGGAACUUUGUGGUUCAGUAAUGUUACCCGAGAUGACGUAUCCGAAGACUUUUACUACAUGUGUAUGGCUAUGCUUCAAUUUCGUAGUGAAUUGAAGCUUGGCAACAAAAUUUUGUUAAAUGUUAUAUCAGCUGGAUCUUCUAACAGUCACAACAAGCAUGAACCAGUAAGACAGUAUGUGACUCGUAAAAAUGAAGUUGCUUAUCGUGGAAAGAAAGCUGAAUUGUUCUGUAUAUUUGGUGGUACACCUCUACCAGAAGUAAUUUGGAGUAAAGAUGGUGAACGCAUAAAAACCUCAGACCGUAUAACACAUGGUAAUUACGGGAAGUCAUUGAUAAUAAAACGUGUUGAUUUUAAAGAUGAGGGCGCGUAUACAUGUGAAGCCUCUAAUGGUGUUGGGCGUGCUACUUCAUAUUCAAUUAACUUACAAGUUAAGUCAGCACCAUACUUUACUGUUGAACCGGAUAUUGUAAAUGCCGCUGAAGAUGAAACUGCUACUUUUCAUUGUGAAGCUCAUGGUGUACCUAAACCAGAUAUUAAAUGGAUUUUUAAUGGUAAACCUAUUGCAGAAGCACCUGACAAUCCAAGACGAGAAAUUAUGACUAACUCAAUCACCAUUAGAAAUUUAACAAAACAUGAUACUGGUAAUUACGGUUGUAACGCAACCAAUUCUAAUGGUUAUAUUUACAAAGAUGUUUAUGUCAAUGUACAGACUAUACCAGCUGAAAUAAACCUACCACCGAUGGAUAAAGAGACAGUUGACGGUAAAAAUAUUAUUAUGACAUGUAGAGUAACUGGCUCUCCAAAACCAGCAGUCAAGUGGAUACGCAAUAAUCAAGAAUUAACUGGUGGACGUUACAAGACUAUGGACAGUGGUGAUUUAAAUAUUACUAAUGUCGGUUUUAUGGAUUCAGGUGCUUAUACUUGUCUUGCUACUAAUAAAUUUGGAAAAGACGAAAAAAGUGCUUCACUGGUCGUUAGAGAACGAACAAAAAUUACAGAUGAACCUGAGGAUUAUGAAGUUUAUGCGGGAUCUCCAGCAACUUUCAGAUGUAAUGCUAUCACGGAUUCGACUCUUGAGUUAGAAAUAGAAUGGUUGCGAAAUAAUAAAACAAUUGACUUCGAAGUUGAACCUCAUUUUGUACUCACAAGUGAUCAUUCUCUCACAAUAACUAAAACAACAGAAUUAGACUCUGGUAUUUAUACUUGUGUAGCCAAGACAGAAUUAGAUGAAGCUACCGCCUCAGCAACUCUCACUGUCCAAGAUAAGCCAAAUCCUCCAGAAUUAAAAGAAAUACGGUGUCUUGAAAAAGAAGCCCGAGUAAAAUGGGCUUCUAUGGGUGAUAAUCGAGCACCUAUUUUACAUUAUAUAGUAGAAUACAAUACCAGUUUUACACCUGAUUCCUGGGAAGUCGUUCGCGAUGACAUCCCUGGUACUACUUUAACCUUUGAAGCACCGAUGACCCCAUGGGCUAACUUUACAUUCCGUGUUAUUGCUGUAAAUAAAGUUGGUAAAUCGGAGCCUUCGUUACACAGUCAACCUUGUACAACUUCAGCGGGUAGACCAUACAAAAAUCCACUCAAUGUUAUGGGUAAUGGAACAGAUCCACAUAAUAUGGUUAUCUCUUGGACAGCAAUGCCACAAAUCGAACAUCAUGCACCAAGAUUUUCGUACCGUGUUAGUUGGAGAGAAGAUAUACCUGGUAAGGAGUGGAACAAUGUAGAUAUUUCUGAUUGGCGAAAAAAUCGUUAUUUAAUAGAAAAUCUACCAACUUAUCAAAGGUAUCAGAUAAAAGUUGUUGCUAUUAAUGAGAUUGGAGAGGCUUUAGAAGAACCUAAAAUAGUUAUUGGUUAUUCCGGUGAAGAUGUACCUACACAAGCACCCGGUAAUUUUACUUGUCAAGAAGUACGUUCAAGUACAACUGCUUUUCUUACAUGGACGGCAGUACCUAUAGAAACCGUUAGAGGUGAAUUACGAGGAUACAAACUCCAAACAUGGACAGAAAAAGAUGCCGAAGAAGGCAUGCGUGAAAUAACAAUUCCGGGUGCUAAUACUACACAAGCAGUUGUCGAUAAAUUUGUUCCUUACACUAAAAAUUAUGUUAAAAUUUUAGCAUUUAAUGGUAAAUAUAAUGGUCCACCAUCUGAAGCUGUUAUUUUUGAUACACCUGAAGGUGUACCUGGUACUAUACUGAGCUUAGAAGCAUACCGGGUCGGCUCAAGCGCUCUUUUCUUGAUGUGGAAUCCACCAGUCGAGACAAAUGGAGUUUUAACGGGCUACAGAAUUUAUUAUCAAUAUGUAGAUGGUACAGCACUGGGACCUUUAUUAGAACGACAGCCUCACGUUACCAGGCCAGAGGUAACUUCUGCUAAACUAGCAAGUCUUAGGCCUGAAACGAAAUACCGUGUACACGUCCGCGCGACAACACGUGCUGGUGAAGGUGGUGAUCUUUACAUUGAUGCCAACACUGAGCGUUCCAAAAAACCUGAUGUUCCACAAUUCCAAUAUCAAGUUAUUUCUAGAGAAAGUGGAUACGUUACUAUUAAAGUAACUUGGCUACCUAAUAUUCAUGGCUACCCAGGAAGUCAUUUCUUUGCCAAAUAUAAGCUCAGGGGUGAGACUAUUCCACUCGCAACAGAUCCAGAAUUUUUGAACCACGAACUUGAGAUUAGAGGACUUUUGAGUGGUGAAAUAUACGUUGUAUCUAUUGUUGCUGUUGAUGGCGACUAUUUGACUGAAAGUGAUCCUCAAGAGAUAGAAACUAGUAUUGAGGGUCCAAUUAUACAACCGAAAGAAAAUGUUGCUACUGCUGGAUGGUUUAUCGGCAUGAUGUUGGCCAUUGUCUUUCUUCUAAUGGUGCUGAUAAUUGUUUGCAUAAUAAAACGCAACCGCGGUGGUAAAUACGCGGUUCAUGAGCGUGAAUUAGCUGCAGGGCGAGGUGAUUAUCCCGAAGAAGGCGGAUUCCACGAGUACUCACAACCUCUGGAUACUAAAUCAGCCGGAGGCCGUACUUCACUGGCAUCAUCAUCUCAUCACGACGGCAAACAUCCGGAAUCUGAUACCGAUUCGAUGGCCGAAUACGGGGAAGGUGAUACCGAAGGUAUGAAUGAAGAUGGGUCCUUCAUUGGUCAAUACGGACGACGUUUCACAGAAGACGGAUCGUUUAUUGGUCAGUAUGGACCAAAAGGAAGGCCUGAUGAAACACCGUCAAUUCCAACAGGUUCGAUGGCUACUUACGUCUAAUUGUCAUCGUGUCUUCUAUCGACAACUUGAUCUUCGUAUGUUAAAAUUUUCACUAUUGUGUAUAGUAAUAAAUACAAAGUAAAAUCGUGGUCAUAUUAAAUAUGAGGCCGGGAAUCCUUGCCUGCCGAUGCAGCCGCUCUGUAAAACACUUUUGCGCCGUGCGCAACGUCCAUUCUUUACUGCCAAUUUAGAUUUUUUAUUUUUGGGUUUUAUACGUACUAAAUCAUCUCUAGAGACAUUGACUGAUCAUGAAAAUUCAUAUUUAAAUUUUUAUUGAAUUAGGUUAAUGGUAGCUAUUAAUUUAAAUGAACAACAAAUAAGUAUUCUAAUGUCGUUUGAUUUAGAUUUAAAAAUUAUUUUUUAUUAAAAUAUAUGUAUAUUUUUUUUUGUUUUUUCACUAUUAUAUUUCACUAUCAACGAUAAUACUUGUACAAUUUUUAUACUGUAUACGUAGCUUUAUUGAAAACAGAACAAAAAAAAAAUGAUUAAAGACUAUUUAGAAUUAUCCUAUUUUGUAUCAGUCAUUACUAUUAAAAUUUGUCUCUUUAUAAAAUUAGAAAGAAAAUACAUAAAACCCAAAUAUUUUAGAUUGUCCCUUAGCCGGCAGCAUUCACAACUAAAUAAAAAAUAGAAAUAUUUAAUGAUAAAUAUAAUAAACAAUUAAUUUUAAUAUUAGAACGAAAAUACUUUCAAUAAUUAGACUCUAAAUAAAAUAUUUAUCCAGGCCAAACAUGCCGUACGCCAGCUUUUUAUAAUAUUGUUGUCGAUUUUUUAAUAAUUAUAGUUAAAAAAAUUUAUAAUAAUUGGUUAUUUAUUAAUUGGUUUCAUAUAAAUUAUUGUCGCAUAAUAAUUUAAUUAUUUAAAAAAUUAAUUAAAAGCGCCUUAAUAAAAUUUUUUCACUUAUUUUCACAUUUAUAAAAUUUAUAUUUAUUACUAUUAAAAUUUAAAUUUAACAAAGUUACUAGGGAUUAUUAAAAAGAAAAAAAUAAUCCCACAUAACAGGGUAAUUGUGCGUUAAAAAUUUUUAAUUAAUUAAUCAUUUUUAAGUAAGAUCUAAAACAAAAAUUCUUGAAGACUGCACUUAUAUAAUUCAUGAUUAAUAAUCAGAUGGUGCAUAAGUGCAAUCUUAAAGAUAGUAUUAAGUAAAAAAAUUAAAAAAAAACUAUUUUACCUAUUAAGACAUUAUUAAUUAUAAUGCAAAAGCUGGUGUGACAUAAUUUGGCCUAGACUGAAUUUCUUUUCUUGAAUGUCAAAACAAUAAUUAUUAUAUCUUUCAAUAUAAAAUUAAAAAAAUUUUUAACAAUAUUGGAUUUAAAUGUUUAAAAUAGAAGUUGACAAAAAUCGAUAAUUAUUUCGAUAAUAAUAACAUUGGUAUAUAGCAAGUAUAUAUAAUAUUUGAAUAAAACGAAGACGAAAAAUAAAUUAAGUACAUUUUAAUAAAAAUGUACACAGAGGUUUUUUAAAUAUUACUAAUAGUAUAUAUAAAAAGAUAGACUAUCGUGAUUAAUGAUAACAAGGCCUCUAAUUGUUGCUUUUUGUAUGUGAAACACGCUUUCGCUAAAUUUAUUUUUG